AUGACUAGCCAGAAGCGCAUUACCAAGGAAUUGGGCGAUCUCACCAAGUCUCCCCUUGCCGGAAUCACGGUCGCUCUGGCGGAUGAAGCAGACCUCUUCCAGUGGAAGGUAACCAUGGAAGGACCAGCUGGAUCGCCAUAUGCUGGCUACCUCUUCAACCUCUCCUUGACCCUCCCGCCCAACUACCCCUUCAAACCGCCAACGGUGACCUUCACCACCAAGAUCUACCACCCAAACAUCUCCAACGACUCUCCACCAAACUCUGGCACCAUGUGCUUGGGCAUGUUGAGGGAGGCAGAGUGGAAGCCCAGCACCAGAAUCGCCGCGGUGUUGGAGUUUGCUCGCCAAUUGUUGAAAGAACCAAACCCAGAGGACGCUGUCGAGGGCAAGAUCGCCGACCAGUAUCGCAAUGACCGCGCCGCGUAUGAGAGGGAGGCCCGGGAGUGGGUCAAGCGCUAUGCGACGGCGAAGAAAUGA